UCAUGCCCUCUUUUGCAAUAGAAUUUCCAUUUACCAAAAAAAAAAAAAAAAAAAGAAAUAAAAUAUUCUUAAAUAGGAAGCAAGAUUGGUUAAGAAAACCCAAUGAAACGGGAUCAAAUGUAAAUUAAUCUUCCUCAAUACCAACAACCAGUUGUCUCAGUUUGACUUUGAGAAUUUACUCAAGGUCUGUAUUUUUUAUCAGUGGAGUUUUCUCUGCCUGACAAGAAGAAACGAAGAAGAAGAUAAAUUGGGUUUUUGGUUUCCCCAGCAAAACAAUGGAAUCCUCCGGAGAGGUAGUGACUUUUGGGGCAUCUCUGUUGGUGCCUAGCGUUCAAGAGUUGGCCAAAGAGCCCCUCAUCACUGUUCCCCAGCGCUAUGCACGUCCAGAUCAAGAUCCACCUAUAAUCACAGACACAGCUUCGCUUCCGGUUGUGCCCGUCAUUGACAUUCAACUCUUGGUUUCUGAAGAACCAUCCAAAGAAUUUGAAUUACAGAGGCUGCACAAUGCUUGCAGAGAGUGGGGUUUCUUCCAGAUUGUAAAUCAUGGGGUUAGUAAUUCUUUGAUUGAGAAAAUAAAGUCUGAGGUUCAAGAUUUCUUCCAACUUCCUUCAGAAGAAAAGAAGAAGCUUUGGCAGAGGCCAGAUGACCAGGAGGGAUUUGGGCAGCUUUUCGUUGUAUCAGGAGAGCAAAAGCUUGAUUGGUCUGACAUGUUCUAUAUUACUACCCUCCCAACCCAUCUAAGGAAACAAUACUUAUUUGAAAAGCUUCCUCACCCUCUUAGAGAGACUCUAGAGAUUUAUUCUUCAGAAUUAAGGAAGCUUGCCAUGACCAUCUUAGAUCAAAUGGCUAAAGCUCUGAAGAUGGAUGCUGAAGAGAUGAGAGAGCUGUUCAAUGAUGGGGUACAAUCAAUGAGGUUGAAUUACUAUCCUCCAUGUCCACAGCCAGAUAUGGCCAUAGGCUUUACUCCUCACUCCGAUGCCGAUGCUCUGACAAUCCUCCUUCAACUCAAUGACACAGAAGGCCUGCAGGUUAGGAAAGAAGGGAAAUGGGUUCCUGUUAAACCACUCCCAAAUGCUUUUGUGGUCAACAUUGGGGACAUAAUGGAGAUAAUGAGCAAUUGUGUCUACCGCAGCAUUGAGCAUAGAGCAACAGUAGACUCAUCGAAAGAGAGGCUAUCCAUUGCAACAUUCUACAGCACCAAAUUAGAUGCAGAGUUGGGCCCUGCCCCAAGCCUAAUUGAUGAAAAUAAUCCAGCAGUUUUCAGGAGGGUACCAGUGGAGAAGUACUUCAAGGACUUCUUUGCUCAAAAAAUCAAUGGCAAGUCCUACCUUGAUUUCAUAAGAAUACAAAACGGAGAAGUUAGUACUCCUUGAUCACUGUUGUGUGUAUGAUGUAUUUAGGCGUGUUAGUAUGUGAACAAGUAACAAAUCUUAUGUCUAUUAUUGUGUUCUAACAUAUAUAUAUAUAUAUAUAUAUUUUUUUUUUGG